AUGGAGAAGAAAAUCCCGGACUUUUCUGGAAAAUGGAAAAUGAAGUCUUCAGAAAGUUUUGAGGAACUCUUGAAAGCGCUGGGUGUGAAUGUGUUCGUGAGGAAAAUCGCCGUGACGGCAGCCUCCAGUCCUGCAGUGGAAAUCACCCAGCAGGGGGAAAGUCUGUCCAUCAAAACAUCAACCAGCAUCCGCACUACCCAUGUUUCCUUCACUGUGGGUCAGUCGUUCAAUGAAACCACAGUAGAUGGACGUCCAUGCACGAGUUUUCCUACAUGGGAAUCAGAGAGCAAGAUCAGCUGUGAGCAGACAUUACAGAAAGGCGAGGGACCCAAGACGGCUUGGACGAGAGAGCUGACUAAUGACGGAGAGCUGAUACUGACAAUGACAGCAGGGGAUGUUGUCUGCACCAGAGUCUAUGAAAGGGAAUGA